AAGAGGCUGCGUGGAACCCACAGCCCUUUUUCCCAUUCGAUUUGAGCAGUGGAAGGAGGGAAUCUCAUCGGACUGUGAUUACGUCAUGGAAGGGCAAAACGAGCGCACCUUUAUUGCCAUCAAGCCAGAUGGUGUGCAGAGAGGCAUCAUUGGGCAGAUCAUUACAAGAUUUGAGCAGAAAGGUUUCAAACUUGUUGCCAUGAAAAUGCUCCAACCAUCGGAGGAUCUGCUGAUCCAGCACUAUAUCGACCUAAAAGGCCGUCCAUUUUUUCCAGCCCUCGUCAAUUACAUGAAGAGCGGCCCAGUCGUUGCCAUGGUGUGGGAAGGUAAGGGGGUUGUCAAGACUGGCAGGGUGAUGCUCGGUGAAACCAACCCUGCAGACUCCAAACCUGGAACAAUUAGAGGAGACUUCUGCAUUGACGUCAGCAAAAACAUCAUCCACGGAAGUGACUCAAUUGAGAGCGCUACAAAGGAGAUUUCCCUGUGGUUCAAAGAUGAUGAGCUGACCACCUACACAAGCUGUGCAGUCAGCUGGAUCUACUAAAACACUGUCCUUAAAAACUCCUUGGCCUCAUUUACUGACAGCCGAAGUAGCCAUUUCAAACCGUGUGCUAAUACAUUGAGAUGUUGCUUUCUGUGGUUCAUUUGUCUUGGAAAGAUUCCAUUUAUUUCUCCUGCUGGAUGACCUUGUCAAAUUUAUACCUAAAUAAAUGUCAGUGUUGAA